AUGCCGCCUCGCGGCAAGAAGGCGGUCUGCGUCCUCUGCGGCACCUGUCGGAGCAACCUCCCGGCGUCGUGGACACAGCACGACUGCCUCGCGUACUGCGCCGCCUGCUGGGACAGCGUGCGAUGCACAGACUGCAGCCGCAGCGACCCCAAGGGCACCGUGCUGCGUGGACGGUGGACGUGCCGUGCCUGCCAGCACAAGCACAAGGCGAGCAGGCCCGGCGACGUCACCGAGACGUGCCACCGCCUGAUCAUCGAGGACGGCAACGGGGAGCCCCUGGGCGAGGAGGCGCGGCCCUGCGGCGCCGGAGCCGCGUUCCCGGCCUCCAGCGGGCCGGAGGGCGAGGACAGCGACGGCGACCUCGACGGGCUCGCGCCCCUGCCUUCGCACCCCCGCGGGCAGCGGGCGGGCCCCACCGAGGCCGCCCGGGAGGCGGGCCACGUGGUGCUCCUGCUGGACGCCUCGGGCAGCAUGCGCACCGAGGACGUGGAGGCCGAUGACGCGGAGGCCCCUGGCGGGCAGGCCUCGCGGCUGCACGCGGCGCUCCGGUGCGCGGCGGAGUUCGCCGUGGGCCACGCGCAGGCGCGGCCGCUGGACGCCUUCUCGUGCGCGGUCUUCGGCGAGAGUGCGGAGGUCAUUGCCGAAGCCGUUGAUGCCGACGGCCUGAAGCUCGCGCUGGGCGCCGUGGCCAUCCGCGGCGUGGGCGGCACCUUCUACGCCGAGGGCCUCCGCGCCGCGGCGCGCCUGCUCGCGCUGCGGCCUGGGGCCCCGGCGCACGUCGUCGUGCUGUCCGACGGGCGCCCCGCCGACACGAAGAAGGCGCUCGAGCUGUUUCAGAGGGACUUCGUGCCGGGCCCGCGAGUCCAUGGGAUUGCCUUCGGGUCUACCGUGGAGAGCUUCGCGGCCCUGCAGCAGCUCGCCUGCAUCAGCGGCGGGUCGUUCUCGAUGUCGGGGCGCAGCAUCCGGGCCCUCUGCACCGCGUUCUCCUCCGUCUCGUCCACGAUCACCUCGAUCGGCAGCGGCGUUUCCUUCGAGGUUGUCGGCUCGCAGCACCGGCACGCCACCCGGAAGGUCGACUUCGAGCUGCCAGAGGUCGGUGUCUUCGGCAAGCGCGGUGUCCUGCGGUUCAGGGCGGCGCGCUCCUCAUUCAGGUACGACGGCGCCGAGUUCCACGAGCAGCGCUGGGACGCCAGCGACGUGGCGAGGCGAGAGAAGCCGUACAUGCGCGGCGGGAUGAGGCUCGUCUAUGGGUUCCAGGACGCAGAGGUGGUCAAGGACACGGACAGCUGGAUGGUGGCCAAGGGCUCACGCUUCCGCGACGCGGCGCUCAACGACCGCAGGACGGUCGAGGCGCACGCGAAGUCAACAGCAGUGGCGCGGUUCUUCGCUGCGCGGUUCAACGAGGCCACCUGGUCCGAUCGGAGCGCCGGGGAGCUGCCGACGCUGUUCUUCGUGCCGUGCUUUGUCUACGACGUCGAGGGCGAGCCCCUGGGCGAGGAGGCGCGGCACUUCUGCGCGGAGCGCUACCUGCCAGGCGUGUUCCUGAAGUACAACUCGAACAACGGCUGGGUCCACGACGGUCCCGUGCGCCACCAGGACGCCGUCCAGGCCUUCCUCCAUUUCUCCUACGCCGCGACCGGCGGCAGGAUGAUGGUGGCAGACCUGCAGGGGGUCGCCCGCCCGGCGGAGGUCCUGCUGACGGAUCCUCAGGUCCUCUCGCUGGAGGCCGCCUUCGGGCCCGGCGACCUCGGCGCCCCCGGCAUGCGCGCGUGCCUGGCGGCCCACCGGUGCGGCCCGUCCUGCCGGCGCCUCGGGCUGCAGCCGCCGAGCAGCGCGGCGCUGCGCCGGCUGGGCGCCGCGCAGCCCGGCGGCGGGGCGCCUUCGCGGAGCGCCAGGCUGGCCUCGGGCUGCUCCUCGAGGGCACCCUCGGCGUCGAGCAGCGGCUGGGAGAAGCUCAGCGAGGACCAGGCGGGACUUGCGGAGGGCUUCGCCGUCGUGGACAAGGCAUCCCUCAGCAGCGGCUCGUCGCUGUCCUCGUGGAUCGUCGCCGCCACGUGA